GAAGAUUCUUUAUUUAAUAAGGCAGUUGAAUAAGUGAACCAGUGUACUGUCGAUUUAAUUAUCCGAUAAAAAUGAAAAGAAACGGAAUAAGUCAUAUUUUUGUCCUCACAUUCGUUAUUUCUAUUCUUGUGGCGAUCAAUAUCCACGAUGUCGAUGCUAAAAUGAAUCCAGAUCAGCUCAGAAAUAUGUUGAAACCUAUGGCUAAAACUUGCAUUCAAAAAACAGGAGUGGACAAAGAUCUUGUUGCUGCCACGAAAGACGGCGUUUAUGCAGAUGAUCCGAAACUUAAAUGUUACGAGACUUGUCUUAUGAGAAUGAUGAAAUCUAUGACAAAAGACAAUAAACUCGCUGUUGAUUCUAUGAUAAAACAAAUUGAAAUGAUGGUUGAAGAUGAAUGGGUUGAAAAAAUGAAAACAGCGACAAUAACGUGUGCCGAAAAAUCAUCAAGUACUGAUCCAUGUGAAAUUGGCUGGGAGUUUGUGAAAUGUUACGAUGAAUUUGAUCAUUCGCUGACAUUCUUUCCAUAAUUUUAUGCAACAAGAAUCAAAAUAUUUAAUCGAAUGAGGAACUAAUAAAUAUUUAUGAUAAAAAUAUUAUAAAAAAAAAAAAUUCUGAUUCAAUAAAGAAUUACUAUCAUUAUUAAUAUAAUGGAUAAUAAAAAA